CAGUUUAUCGAAUACGUCAAACAAGGAGAGAAUCUCCGGCAUCUCCCGGUAAAGCUCGCCCAGAUUCGAGCAUAGACUCGUCGAUAAACCGUAUCGGAAGGAUGACUGUAUAAUUUGUUCUCUAAUUCAAUGGAUCUGCAUGAGGCGUACUGAUGUCAUUAUUCUGGAUAGUCGUCGGUCAGCUUGCAGCCAUCGAAACAAUGUCCACCUCAAAGAAAGUGAUUACAAGGGAGGAGUGGGAAAAGAAACUAGAAGACGUAAAGAUUAGGAAGGAAGAUAUGAAUAAACUAGUGAUGAAUUUUCUUGUGACAGAGGGUUAUGUUGAAGCUGCAGAAAAAUUUCGGAUGGAGUCUGGCACUGAACCAGAUAUUGAUCUUGCUACAAUUACUGACCGCAUGGCAGUAAAGACGGCAGUGCAGUGUGGAAAUGUUGAGGAUGCAAUUGAAAAGGUUAAUGAUCUGAAUCCCGAGAUACUGGAUACGAAUCCACAACUAUUUUUCCAUUUGCAACAGCAAAGGUUGAUUGAAUUAAUACGCAAUGGAAAAGUAGAGGAAGCACUGGAGUUUGCUCAGGAGGAGCUUGCACCAAGGGGUGAAGAAAAUCAAAGCUUUUUAGAAGAGUUGGAAAGGACUGUUGCACUUUUGGCAUUUGAAGAUGUGUCAAAUUGCCCUGUUGGAGAGCUUCUUGAUAUAUCACAGCGUCUGAAGACUGCUAGUGAGGUGAAUGCAGCCAUUCUGACUAGCCAGAGUCAUGAAAAAGAUCCAAAGCUUCCAAGCUUGUUAAAGAUGCUGAUCUGGGCUCAGAAUCAACUUGAUGAGAAGGCUGUGUAUCCCCGAAUAAAUGAUUUAUCCACUGCCAUACUGGAGGAUCCUACCGUUUGAAGGAUGUAAAAACUUCAAAUGUGAAAAAACUGGGUCAGUCCAUGUACUACUGCAUUGAAUGAGCAGAAUGAAGACUCAUGUGAAUACUUGGGAGUUUGGGUAGUAUGAUUUUUUCCCUUUUCAUUCUGGCCUUUGAUGCUCUAUUGUACACAUGCUUGCUCAUUGACAAACUUUUCCUUAGCUAA